AUGGGGCAAUCACAUUCAAUUGACGAGCCUCGCUCCAAGGAGGAGAUAGCGGGCGAGCUGGCAGAGAAGUUCGCCCGCAAAUGCUUCGAACCCCUCGAGCUUUACUCCUUCAAGGAUAACUUCAAAAACCUCGCCGACCACGAACAAGAUGUUCGAUAUCUCAAGGAGGAUACGAUUGCGCGAUUUCUUGAGCUCCCCGACAUACUCGACGUCUCGCCCGUCGUCUUUCACAUGCUCAGCUACAUCGGCGCAUUCCCCUUCCUGAGCGAUGCGCCCGCCGUCCUCGGAUUCGAACAGAUGAUCAGCGUCGUGGCAAUUAUGACGGAGAGGUACACCAAGAUAUUGGUCAAGGGCGCAGCGACUCGCAGGAAACUGCUAUUCAAAAGCCUGGCUGUGUAUGAUCGCGACAUGUCUGAGAAGCAGACGGAGACGGCGGAGAAGGCGGGGCUGAAAGGCGAACCCAGCGACGCUCGGAGUCACGUUGCUGGGUUCCCUGUCGAUGAGCCGGGCGAGGAAUUCGACGAGCACGAGACCGCUGAUGAUGACGAGCUUGUGCUGGCUGCACUCGACUCGUUGGACUUGAUUGAUGCUUUCAAGACAGGUGAUAAACACUCCGCGACAACACACGGAGCCAUGAUCCCCGCGGAUAACUUCCGAAGACUGAUCAUGUUACUCUUACUGGUUGCCCCUCUCGAUGCCCAGGAGACCUUAUCCAAUUACGCCGAAAGGGUCCUUGGGGAGGAGCUAGAGAGCCUCCGGGCAACCGCAGAGAACAUCCUGUCGACUUUCCUCAACGUGGAGAAGUCUCCUGGGAUUACCUUUGCGCAGUUUAAUAGAGUGUUGCCGCUCAACUUCCCUUUCCUGUUCAAUGGCUUCAAUGCGUUGUUCGAACAUUUCUUAUUCUCUAAUAAUCUGGACCUCUCGAGACGAAAAGACAGCAUAUCGAAGUCAAUCCCACCCCUCAUCGCAAAACCUCCACUCUUGCAAGACAAGGGUCAAAUACUUAACCUGAACGUGCUAUCUCAGCUAUCUUUUUUCAUACCAGGCGACGAGCUUUUCUGGAAACUUCGCCUCCUAUACUCUGGUGCCGAUGCCGGGUUUUCCAUGGGUAGUUUCGAGACCAAAGUCUUUAACUGGCGCGCCCCAACCAUCUUGCUCGUGUCUGGCACGAGGUUGAAUGCGUCGUCACAAGCCCACGGAUCAGAGGCAACAUUCACAGAAUCGCUACCUCCCAAACGCUUUCCGAAUGGCACCCCGCCUGGUCGAGACCGUGUUGUUUUCGGUGUCAUGGUGCGGCAGCCAUGGCGGCACACGCACAAGGAGUGUUUCGGCGACAGCGACACGAUUUUGUUCCAACUAAGCCCAACCCACGACGUCUUCCCGGCGUCCAUCGUGAAUAAAGACUACAUCGACUUCUCAAGGACACCGGGGACGUUUUCAGGUAUCACUAUCGGGUGUCCGCAUCCCAAAUCUGCGCAAUCAUCUCGACAUCCGACGGUGCGGGCGUUGGGUCCGGUAUCUCUGGUCAUUGACUCAAGCUUCGAGUUUGGCAUCUUCACACACGACUAUACCUCCCGAGGCGGGGCGUUUGCCACGAGCACUUCGAGAAAGUUCAAUUUCCAGGACAGGUUCGCGAUAGAGGAUAUCGAAGUCUGGGGGUGCGGCGGCGAUGCCGAAGCCAAGAUCCAAAAGGAGAGAUGGGAUUGGGAGGCCCGAGAGGCGGAGGCCAGACGCAGGAUCAACCUGAGUACAGGUGAUCAAGAGGCAGAUCGUGCGCUACUGGAGAUGGCGGGUUUGAUUGGAAAUAACCGGAGCGGAGGGUCCAUCGCAUAA